AUGGAAGAGCCAUGCGCUCCCGGCAGUCCGGACCAGAGCGAAGCGGACAGCGGCUCUCUGGCCUCCCCACCUCCUCCUUUGAUUGAGCCUGUGUUGCAGCAAGCUUACCGUACUACCAACUUCUUCAUCGAUGACAUACUCCGGCCCGACUUUGGCUGCAGGAAGAAUCCAGGAGCAGGCGCCUGUAUUGAGCACAAUGACUCGGGUAGAAGAGGGCGUGCUAGGCCCGCUAUGCCUGAAACUCCACGCCCGUACUCCACCGACAGCGUUUCUUCUUGCACCUCCUCUACAGUCUCGUCACCAUCGAGCCAAAGAGAGUCCAGUACGGACAAGUCGAGCGGAGUUACAACACCAACCCGAGCAGGAGAAUCGGCGCAAAACGCAGAGCUCAGUCCCGGAGAGGCGGCGACAAGCACCGAAUCCCGCGCCCUUCUGUGGCCAGCAUGGGUUUACUGCACUAGAUACUCGGACCGACCUUCGUCUGGACCGAGAACCCGCAAGUUGAAGAAUAAGUUGAAGAGCCCAGAGGAGAAUAAGCGGCCCCGCACCGCGUUCACGGCGGAACAGUUACAGAGACUAAAGGCGGAAUUCCAGCUGAACCGGUACAUCACCGAGCAGCGGCGACAGUCACUCGCACUGGAGCUCAACCUCAACGAGUCUCAGAUCAAAAUCUGGUUUCAGAAUAAACGCGCAAAAAUCAAAAAGUCCACCGGCUACAAAAACUCUCUAGCUGUGCACCUGAUGGCGCAGGGACUGUAUAACCACGCCACCACCACCGUCCAGGAGGAAAGUGACUGAAUCCCAGCAAGAAAAGUCUGAAAGCCUGGAACGGAGGAUAUAACCUGAUCUGCAAAAUUCUGCACCAUUCUGGAUUUUAUAA